GUAUUUCCAUAUCGAGCAUGUGAUAUUAAAAGGAAAGGUUAUGAUCGUACACUUAUUGAUCAUAUUGCUAUCGUAUUUUUCGAUGAUUUAGAACCAUUCAUUACAGGAUGUGUUUCAUUGGAUAAUCAGGUUAGUAUCAUUAAUUAUUAUUGGUAA